GCAAAUUCAUCCAAAAAAAAUAAAAUGGCUGACCAGCAAACAACAAACCGAGCCGCUCCCCCAUUUCGCCGAUCUCGUUCCUUUUGCCUUCCACUGUUGAACAACACUUCAGAGUUCAGAAGAAGCGCCCAGAAAUGGCGGCGAUUUACAAUCUCUACAUCAUCAACAAAUCCGGCGGCUUGAUUUUGUACAAGGACUACGGGUCGGCUGGAAGGAUGGAUACGAACGAUAGCCUGAGAGUGGCCAGCUUGUGGCAUUCGAUGCACGCCAUCUCUCAGCAGUUGUCCCCUGUUCUUGGCUGCGCGGGGAUCGACCUCCUUGAAGCCGAUAACUUUGAUCUCCAUUGCUUCCAGUCACUUACAGGAACCAAGUUCUUUGUGGUAUGUGAGCCUGGAACGCUGCACAUGGAGAAUCUGUUGAAAUACAUGUAUGAAUUGUAUGCAGAUUAUGUGUUGAAGAACCCUUUCUAUGAGAUGGAGAUGCCGAUUAGAUGCGAGCUCUUUGAGAUCAGUCUCUCUCAGGCUAUACAGAAGGAUCGUGUUGCUCUGCUGGGUAGAUAGAUAGAUGAUAGAUUGUGUUGAUCUCAUUCAGCAACUUCUAGCUCUGUAUGUUUUUCUUUUUCAAGUGAUUGCUUAACGUACUGUGUUCUUGAUCUUAUGCAAUUGGGAUCUGUGUUUUCUUAUACUUUGCAUUGUAUUCCGAGCAACUCUCUAUUUCUUUCCUCGUCUCCUGAAGUGCCAAAUAGAGAAUAUUAAGAAUCAUUCUCUUGUUAUCUAUCUUCCUCUGAAGCCCUCUUCACAUACAAACCUAUUGUCUCUGAUUACAAGUUCAUCUGGACGGACUCUUGGUACAGAAGCCUUGUUUCUAUCCUCUGUCCAGUAUGGAUAUCUCUAAAAUCCUCUCCACCCAGAAAUGCACAAAGAACGACAACAACAAUAACUAUAAAAAUAAAAUAAAAAAGAACACCCUGUACAUUCUGCAACGAUACCCAUUUCCCUAAAACUCCCAUCAAAACCAACUUGAAUGAACAAUAAAACUGGACUCAAGCAAAAAGUGGGGAGGCAGAAGGUCUAGGAUAAGAGGGUCGUACUUCACGGUUCUCUUUAUCAUCAGAUUCCUGCUGCUGCUGCUGGUGCUCUAGGCCACCUUUCUUCUUGGACUCUUGCACCUGUUCAAGGACCGUGACCACCUCAUCCAUGUUUGGCCUGAACCUUGGUUCCAUGGCUAAGCACUGAAGGGCGAGGUUGGCCACUUUUUGAGCUCGAGGGAGAGCAUACUGGCCCUCUAGACGUGCAUCCAUUAUUCGGAGGACCCGUCGUUUGUUUAUCAAGUAAGGUCUGGCCCAUUCAACCAGAUUGUGUUGCCCAGAAGGCCGGUUUUUGUCUAUGGCUCUCCGGCCAGACAGCAUCUCCAGAAGUACAACUCCAAAACUGUAGAUGUCGCUCUUUGCUGUCAGAUGACCUGGCAUCAAUACAGAUCAUAGAGCAAAGAUUAGAUAUAUUAAUUGGCGAGUACACUUAAGGGGUUUGGUUGGAUGUCAUAAGGUUCACUCUAAUUCUCCGUGCACCUCUUUUCCCUAUUUUUUUGUCCCGUCAUUUUUUUCGCGACUUUCUUCCCCUAGCUCUGAUCUCCCUGCGUAGUUUGACUGGAGGCUGACCAAGUUUGGCCUCACAUGCAAUCUUCAUCGUCCCCGCAGAUAUCUCACGUUCCGAGACUUCAGCCUUAGAAAAUUCAACCAAGCUCCAGUGGUAGAUUGGUGGAGGAGCACGCUGUGUCCACCGUGAUUGCAGCAGCCGGAGAUGCGUCAGGAAAGUAUAGAGGAUUCUCCCGUUUCUUUCCCUUUCAUCCCCGCCGACGAUUCCCUGGUGGCUGCCCAAGUUGGACCGGCAAAGCGAACGUAUUCCUCCCAUCUUUCAUUGCAUUGCAGGGCUCUAUCUAUGAUUCUCUAGUCUACGAAAUCAAAGUGACUUCAAGAGAACCCAAUUAUUUAGGCCCUCAUUUUUCCUGAUUAUUCACGCGCGGUUGUUUCCCUGGCAGAUGGCUAAGUUGUUUACUGGCGAAUUCUCCGAGAGAACUCUGGAUCUCCGAUUCACCUUCUAGAUCCAUGAGAAAUAAACCCAUCCACAUUCCGUGACGUACCCUAAUCAAACGGUGCUAUGAAAGAGGUUAUGGGUUGUAGUUGAUAUACACACCUAAAAACCAUAUUUAGUAAAAUAUGGUAUGUCAAAGUUACGUAUAAAAUACAUACGGAUGUUUUAC